AAUUAUUAUCAAAUUGUAUCAUGGUAUCGGAGCUUAGGUUUAAACCCUAGCCUUUUUUUUCGAGACUGUGCUUCACCGCCGGUCUCCUUCCUCUCGCCGAUCGACCGUAAACGGCGACCAUGGCUCAACCUUCAGAUCCGCUUUCUUCGCUUCCUUCUGGCGUCAAGCUUCUUCUUCGCAAUCUCUAUAAUCUUAUCCCAGAAAAGCUCACCGAUUCAAAUUACCCUGCAUGGUCUCUCAAUGUCAGAACUGCUCUCGAGGCCAACCUUCUUCUUGGUUGGAUCGAUGGUCAUGAAGUUGCGCCCCCAAAAAUCUUAUCCAAGGAUGGCAAGGAAAACCCUAACCCAGAGUUCCAAACAUGGACUGUGAUCGAUACUCAGAUCCGUGCAUGCCUUCUUGCCGUCAUCAGUCCGUCUGUUCACAAGCAUGCCCGCAACUUCACCACAUCUGUCGAUCUGUGGAACGCUCUCGCUGCCCGGUAUAAUUCUAUUUCUACCGCUCACAUCUAUAAACUACGGGACAAACUUCACACACUCCGAAAAGGUACUAAAACUAUCACCCAGUACCUUGAUGAAGUUGCCACUAUCCUCACCAAUUUGGAUACUCUCAACGAGGUUAUUCCUGAGAGAGAUGCGGUGAAUGCUGUUAUCCGAGGCCUCCCUCAUGAAUAUUCCUCCUUCAAGCAAAAUAUACGGAUGAACAAUGAUAAUAUAAGUCUCAAUCAACUCUCUGGGUGGUUGACCUCUGAAGAAAUAAAUCUUGAAAUCAAGCAAAAAUUAAGUAUUGCAGAUUCCGCCUCUGGAGUUUCUCACUCCGCACUGUACACAAACAGCGGUCGAGGCCGCGGUCGAGGAGGAUCGAACGGUCGACCGUCUUCUGGGCGAGGCUCUGGAUCCGGUCGCGGCGGUCGAAGCUACGGAAGGGGGGGAGGCCGCGGACCGUCACGCGAUCUUCUAGUGUGUCAGAUCUGUUCAAAACGUGGCCUCUCUGCUGCUACCUAGUGUGUUAUUAUACUCGUAUUUACUUUAUUAGUCAAAAUUUGUCUUUAAAAAGAAUGUAGGAGAUCUUUUUCAACCACUUGUUCAGGAAGAGCGGAGCACUUGUUGUUCAUAAGCUAUUUAGAAAGAAUGAGAAAAUUUAAAGUGCUUCUAUAAUCGAGGUUAAUGGUGUGAAGACUUGGUUUCAUUUAUGAAACUGAGACGAUCAAUUCUUGUAUAAAGGAGGGUUAAUGUU